AUGACGAUAACCGAACCGUUGGAGCUUGCAGCCUCGUGGUUGCAAGUGCAGCUGGAGGUGGCCAACCACACGGCCGCUUUGGACCUGGAAGGUCUGGAUGCGACGGGCAAAGCGUUGGUUCUGCAGGGCUGGUCUCUAUUGACUUCGGCGGCAAAGCCGGGAUCUCAGGAUUCUCAUGGUUUCCAGCUCCCGAUUUGGGCCUGCAUUCUGGGUCUCAUUCUCAUCCUGGCCAUGAUGUUCUACUUGGUCAAUUUCAUGCUCUGGGCUCGGCGAGAGAAAGCCCAGCGGGUGCACGACCUGGAAGAUGCCAAGAUGCACUCGGAGCAUGGAAACCUGCUAGGAGGCCUGAUUGAGGCGGCCAUCGAGCGGUUUGACGAGUCGCUCUUUGGCGUGAACGUGGACUUCGGCGCCAUGAAGGUCACUGUAAGUGAAGGAGUGGUGGUGAUUCAUGACCUGACGAUUGAAAAUCCUGCAGGUUAUUGGUCCACACAUUUCCUUCACAUCGGAGAGCUCUUGAUCGACCUAGAUCUGCAGAGCUUUAUCACUUCCAUGGGCAAAGAGGUGGUGAUCCAGCGGCUGGAGCUACGUGAUGUGGAAGUGAUUUGGGAAGGUGGUCUUGUGAGUUCCAACAUGCGGGACAUCCUCAAGUGCAUGAGUGGUCCGAAGGAUGACUCCAAUCAAUCCGACAAGAAUCGGCAAAAGGAAGGUGGUGAAAGGCGAACAAGCGUCCAAGAGGUCCUUGCACAAGAUAUCUCCUUGAAGCUCGCCAGUUAUUGGUUUUGUGGUUCCGGUCCACGUAUCAUGGUAGAGGACUUCUACUCCCAGAACCUCGACGAGCACCAGAUGGGAGAGCUAGAGAUCCCGCAAUGUCUCCUCACCAUGUUGCUCUCCAGCAUUUUGGCCAAUGUGCUGGGCCAAAGCAUUGCACGAUUUAUCAUGGAUGGCACUUCCUUUGGAUUCGCCGCCGUGGCGCACGGCAUUUGGCACCUGGUCGUUCUGAUGCGCUCCGCGUGCUGCUGCCCACCCAGCCCAACCAAGCGAGACCGCCCCUCAAGGCCCAAAAGGCCGAGAGCGGAGACAGAGAGAGGUUCGAGCACAGGAACCUGUGGCAGUUGUGGCUCCUGCUUGCCCUGCGAGACUCUUCUUCAAAAGAAGCCUGCAGCCAAACCAUCGGGCAACACCUGA